GAGCAACCCAGAGCGAUGUCCCUGGCUGGGGUGAGCUGCCUGGUGACAGGGGCAGGAGGGUUUCUUGGCCAGAGGAUUGUGUGCUUGCUGCUGGAAGAAGAGGAGGCUCCGGCCGAGAUCCGGCUGCUGGACAAAGCCUUCAGCGCUGAGGCACUCAGGAGGUUUGACAAGUUCAAGGGGAAGACUGAGCUGAAGAUCCUGGAAGGGGACAUCCGAGAUGUGACAUUCCUGCACCGCGCCUGCCAGGGCGUCUCCCUGGUCAUCCACACGGCCUCCCUCAUUGACACCCUGGGCCUCAUCGAGAAGAAGCUGCUCUGGGAAGUCAAUGUCACAGGUACUCAGCUGCUGCUGGAGGCGUGCAUCCGCUGCAACGUCCAGCACUUCAUUUACACCAGUACCAUAGAAGUGACGGGCCCAAACUGCAAAGGGGACCCCAUUUUCAACGGGGACGAAGAUACAGCUUAUGAGAGCACAUCCAAAUUUCCUUAUGCCCAAAGCAAGAGACUGGCAGAGGAUGCUGUGCUGAAAGCAGACGGCCAGGUGCUGAAGGAUGGCGGCACGCUGAUGACCUGUGCCCUGAGAUCCAUGUACAUUUUUGGAGAAGGCUGCCCCUUUCUCCAAGGCCAUCUGGACAAGUGCCUGCUGAACAAGAACAUCUACCUGCGCUUCUCCAGGAAGGAGGCUCUGGUGAACCCCGUGUACGUGGGGAACAUCGCCUGGGCACACGUGCAGGCCGCCAAAGCCCUGCGGGCCCCGCAGAGAGCCAAGCACGUCAGGGGCAAGUUCUACUACAUCUCAGAUGACACUCCUCACAUGAGCUACGCCGACCUGAAUUACGAGCUGACCAAGGAGCUGGGGUUUGGGAUUGAGCCCCGGCUCCCCAUGCCCCUGACAAUGCUCUAUUACUUCUCGCUGCUGCUGGAGAUGCUGAGCUUCCUGCUGAGGCCCUUUGUCAGAUACGUGCCCUCCACCAAUCGCCACCUGGUCACGCUGCUCAACACCCCCUUCACCUUCUCCUAUAGAAAGGCACAGCAGGAUUUUGGCUACGUGCCCCGCUACUCGUGGGAAGAGGCCAAGCAGGGCACUGGUGAGUGGCUUGCCUCCGUGAUCCCCCAGAGAAGGCUGAUCUUGCAGAGCAGCACUGCCUGA